AUGGACGACAUUCCUGCUGUUAUGGAAACCGACUCCAAUCAACAUGUGCAAUCAGCGUCCAUUGCUGACGACAAGAAGCGACAAUCCGGCGAGUAUACAACGUCGACAACUUCAUCGAUGGAUGCAAAGGCAACCACAUUCACGUCUGCAACUCCGUCGUCUUCCACACCACAACGUUCAGGGUCUUUGAAGAAAAUGACAUUGUCGUCUAGGGAUGAGGCAUCGUCGGCAGUCAACAUGAGUGGUGGUGCUAGCAGCAGCAGCAGCAGCAAGGCAAGGCACUCUUCGCAUAGUCGUACGCAGUCUAUCCAUUUGCAACCACCAAAGAAAAAGUACGGCCACGUCAGACGAGGAUCACUUCCACCACUGCAGAUCAAUCCUAACACCAACAAACUUGCUCACGUCGACUUUGGUUCACCUAUUCGAUCACCCUUUGCUACAUCCAUACCACCUCUGCCAGAGAAGAUCUCCAUCCAAAUCCCACAUCCAAAGUCUGAUUUAUCUCAUAUCCAAAUUGUCAAGAACAAGAACAUCAUUGAGAACCUUUCAUACAUUGGAUUAUGGUACUUCUUUUCAACAUCAUUAUCAUUGUACAACAAGAAUCUCAUGGGCAAGGAUCGUUUCAACUUUAACUUUCCAUUACUGCUAUCAGCCAUACAUGCUGGAUUACAUGCCCUGAUCACUUCAGCUAUGAUGUCGUUUGGUGGAAGCCGAUGGAAUACAACAAAAGCAACAUUAUCCUUGCAUGAUUAUGUAUACAAAGUGGUACCAUGUGGUAUAGCAGCUGCCCUGGAAAUUAGUUGCGCCAAUGCAUCACUUAUGUAUGUGACCCUGUCAUUCUAUACGAUGGUCAAAUCAAGCACACCUAUCUGGGUCCUCCUUUUCUCUUUUAUUUUCGGUUUCGAAAAGCCGCGGGUUCGGCUUGUUGCUAUCAUUGGUUUAAUGGUCGUUGGUGUCAUCCUCACAGUGGAAGGCGAGACAAAAUUUGACAUGGUUGGAUUUCUCCUGGUGCUUGUGGCAGCUGUGGUCUCUGGUUUACGGUGGAACCUUACGCAGUUCCUCCUUCAAGAAGAUCGUUUGGGAAUGGAUAAUCCGAUCGCUACGCUAUACCAUCUCAGCCCUAUCAUGUUCGUCAUCAUGUUACUACUCAGCUUGAUUUUCGAGAAUCCUGUCGACCAAUUCAAGGAAUCAGAGCACUUUGACAGUAUAUUUCACGUGAUGGAAUCCUUUGGUUUGAUGUCAAUUGGCGGAUUCUUGGCUUUUGCGAUGACGUUGGCAGAGCUAUACUUGAUCAAGAGCACCAACACCGUUACAUUGAGCGUCGCCGGUAUCAGCAAAGAAAUCGUCAUCAUUUCGCUAUCCGUCAUGAUAUAUGGUGAUGUUUUGACCCCCAAGACUCUAUUAGGCUUGUUUGUAUCCAUCGUUGGCAUUAUAUGGUACAACUACUACAAGAUGACGAGGAACCAACAUAUGGAUGGCAAUCAGUAUCAGAUGAUACCCAUGCAUGGCAAUAGCAAACUUGAAGAUUAA